AUUAGAUUUGGUGAGACACAGUAAUCAUAUAAGUACAGACGUUUGAAUCAUGGCUGCCUCCAUAGUGUGAUCAUUUAAAUUAUUUAUUUAUGACUGUGAGCCUCUCUCACUAUGACAUCAAUCAUCAAAUUACAACCAUUGUCAGGUGCCCAGGAUGAAGGGCCUCCAUGCUAUUUGCUCCAAGUAGAUGAGUUCACAUUUUUGCUGGAUUGUGGAUGGGAUGAGGAUUUCAGUUUACCAGUCAUCAAGGAAAUAAAAAGAAAUCUUCAUAAAGUCGAUGCAGUGUUACUGACAUAUCCUGACCAGCUACAUCUUGGAGCACUGCCGUACCUUGUUGGAAAAUGUGGCCUCUCUUGUCCAGUUUAUGCCACUGUCCCUGUAUAUAAGAUGGGUCAAAUGUUCAUGUAUGACUUGUACCAGUCCCGAAACAAUAGCGAAGAUUUUGAAUUGUUCACUUUGGAUGAUGUGGAUGUAGCAUUUGACAAGAUUAUUCAACUGAAAUACUCUCAGACAGUGACCCUGACAGGUAAAGGGCAUGGUUUACAGAUAACCCCUUUACCAGCUGGCCAUAUGAUUGGUGGGACCAUUUGGAAAAUUCUGAAAGAAGGCGAAGAGGAAAUUGUUUAUGCUGUAGACUACAAUCAUAAGAAAGAAAGACAUUUAAAUGGCUGUAUUUUGGAAGGAAAGUACUUUUCCCGGCCUCAUUUAAUGAUAACUGAUGCAUUUAAUGCCAACUAUAACCAGUCUCGGAGGAGAGUCAGGGAUGAGCAGCUGAUGACAACCAUUUUACAAACAAUGAGACGUGAUGGAAAUGUUAUGAUAGCUGUGGAUACAGCUGGCAGAAUGCUAGAACUUGCACAACUUCUGGAUCAGAUGUGGAGAAGUACAGAGUCUGGACUGACAACUUACUCACUUGCAUUGUUAAACAAUGUCAGCUUUAAUGUCGUCGAAUUUGCAAAGUCACAG